AUGCACUUCCCAAGCCUCCUUGCUGUGGCCUCUGCGGCUACUGCCUAUGCCCAAUGCACUGCGGAGCAACGACUAUUCUUCAGUAACCAGGUUCCUGUCGCUUAUUCGCAAAAAGGCCCUAUCGCGACAUACACGACCUUCAGCAAGAUCCCCUUCGGCGUAGGAAGCCUCGCUGGGCCCUGUGCGACUGUCAUCUACGCCAACGGUGCUCCAGGCAUCCCUGUUGGCCUCACUGGGCAAGAUGUCGUGACCUUCGGCACAACAACUCGCCAGGCUUUCUUCGAGGUCACUGGGCAAUACACGGAUUUCCCACAGAACGGCACUACUCUCAUCAACACAAAUGUCACUCUCGGCGUCAUGUCGGCCAUUUCUUCUGGCGUCACGUUCGCCGGCCAAGUAUACCUGGACUUCAACGAGGCAUGCCGCAUCACAGCUGUCCGAGCAUUCGCCCAGGUCCCAGCAUUCAUCAAUGGACAACCCACAGAUUUGGGCAAGAUCCUCGGGAUCCCGAAGCUGCCACUCCCAAGCAUCCCUUUUAUCCCUGGCCAGGUCUAG